AUGUCAGGCCAGGCGGCCUACCUACCCGCAGGCAGUGACUGCCAGCAUAUAACUUACUCUUCUAUAAUUAUUUCUAUUUCCUCAUGUCGCGAGAGAACAGCGCAAUACUCUCCAGCGACUGUUACUCAGUAUGCAUACCCUAUGAGAUGGGCGACUGAAGAGACCCACAAACCUCUCCAGUACAAGACAAUCUCCUACCUGGCUGAGCGUUUGCGGGUUGAGGGUGCAGUUUUACGAUCCGAUCUACAGACAGUAUCUGUCUGCUUCUACGAAUCUCGCUACCAUGCCGACAAAAACGCUCGGAGAACUGCCUUGCAGCUAUGUCGAAUCGACAAUGUGACAGGCGAUGAGGAGGAGAUCACAGUUGGUCCAGAUAGUGGUGGAACUGAGGAAGUCUCCGAUGAGGAGGACAUGGAGGAUGCAGAGGAGGAUAGGUUGAAUUCCAACAGUACCCGGUUUGGGAGACUUUCAAAAUCAGGUUCUCCCGACGGCAAUCCUGCUUACAAUAUAUUCGACAGCUUGAAGAUUGUCCGACGCAUGGGUCUACAUUAUGUCCAAAACUAUUCGUUCCAACACGUUGGAGUCUGGUCUAUAGACCGCGACACGAAGCUAUCACGAGUCCAACUGUUUCGAUUCCCCAAAUGCCAUUUUAAAUCAUGUCUUGCAAAGGGGAAUCUGCGGCACACACCAUGUCUGCGUCCGAAACGCAAUGAUAGGAUAUGA